UGGACCCUCCGCAAUUGGAAGCAAGCCUCGGCGAGGACGGGGGGUGCGUCCCGACCCGAGACUCCCCCCCCCCCCGGCCCCGCUUGCUGCUCCGUGUUGCAAAGUCCGCUUCCUUGGGCUUUCUUGCUUGCAAGGGUCGCCUUUUGCUCCGAGGGCUCCGCUGGGCGGAACGUUCUGGUCUCCAGAGAAGAUGGCUGACAUUCCAAGGGACUCUAUGAAGUGGCACCUCUUCACAAGGAAUAGGGACGUCACUUACCGCAUCCCUGCCCUGAUCUACCGGCCUGCGGAGACCAUUUUCCUGGCUUUUGUGGAGGAACGCUCCUCACCCCGGGACGAACACGCCAAGGGCUUGGUGAUGCGAUGCGGACUCAAGGAGGGCCUGUCCGUUAAGUGGGGUCCUUUCACCCGUCUGAAGACAGCUGGGCUGCCCAAUCAUCGCACCAUGAACCCGUGCCCAGUUUACGACAAGAAGAAUGAUGUCGUCUUCCUCUUCUUCAUCUGCGUCAGGGACGGCAUUUCGGAACAGCAUCAGAUUAGGACGAGGAGAAACGCUGUCCGACUGGGCUACAUCUCCAACGAAGGUGGCAGCCGCCACUGGAGCUCAAUGACUGACCUGACCGAACAGGUGAUGGGUGAUGAUGAGGCGCAGAAAUGGGCGACCUUUGCCGUGGGACCAGGCCACGGAGUACAGCUGAGUUCGGGGCGCCUGGUGAUCCCAGCUUAUGCCUACUACGUCCACAAGUCCUGGUUAGGGUACUCCUUCCCGUGGUGGGUCAAACCCCACUGCUUCAGCUUCUACAGCGACGACGGCGGGCAAACCUGGGCCCGGAGUGAGCUCCUCAAAGCCCUGAAGACCACCGAGUGCCAGAUGGCCGAAGUGACCGGCAAGGACAACAGGCAGGUGUUAUAUUGUAACGCCCGAAGUUUGCACAAAUUCCGAGCCGAGGCCUACAGCGCGGACAGUGGGUGCCAUUUUGCAGACCACGCCCUUUGCAAACAGUUGUGUGAACUGCCUUCGGGGUGUCAAGGAAGCAUUGUGAGUUUUUUCCCCUCGGAUCCGGGCCCAAAGAAGGACCCCAACGCGUCAACCUCUGAGACGGAGGCAUCUCCAUCGUCUGCUUCGCCCAGCUGUCCAAAGUCAUGGUUGAUGUUCUCACAUCCCACCAGCAAGAAGAAGCGGGUGGAUCUGGGGAUCUACCUGAACCCUUCCCCGAUGGAGCAGAACAGGUGGACGUCCCCUUGGAUCCUAAAUAAAGGACCCAGCGGGUACUCGGAUUUGGCUGUUUGUGAAGACGGGGAACCACUUGCCUUCGGCUGUUUGUUUGAGUGCGGAGAGCACAAGGCAUACGAGGACGUCGUGUUCUGCCUCUUCACCCACGAUGAGCUCCUGAGAAACGUGAAAGUGUGAGGGAAAGUCCGUCCGACGGCACGUUUCCCUCAGCGAAGGAGCUCUGUAAAGGGUGGUUCUGUGCUUGGCAACCGACCGGGAAGGCCCUACAGGCUCUUCCUCGCGUCACAUCUUGUGUGUUAAGCUGCUGGCUUUUAAUUAUAACAGAAUCACAGAGUUGGGAAAGGUCCUUAGAGGUCUUCUAGUCCACCCCCCUGCUCAUGCAGGAGAUCCUAUAUCAUUUCAGACGAAUGGCUGUCCAAUCUCUUCUUGAACACCUCCAAUGUUGGAGCAUUCACAAUUUCUGGUGGCAUGCAGUUCCACCGAUUAAUUCUUCUCACGGUUAGGAAAUGACCUCCUUAGUUCCGGGUUGCUUCUCUCCU